CUGGGGAGAGCAGAGGAGGGAGAGCCAGCCAAAAUGGCGGCUGCGAUGUCUAUGGCCAAGGUCUGGAGGCCGAGCCGCGUCCUGGGCCAGGCUGGCUUCCUGCUGCUGCGGCGGUCUGGGGCUCGGAACUUGGCUAGAUAUCUAUCGUACUCUGUAGACCCGGCUAUCUUCCAACCCACUGUAUAGACCACACUGACUUUAACAGAUCUCCAACUGCCUUUGCCUCCAGAAUGCUGACAUCAAAGCACCCCCACAGACAGCAGCAGCAGCAGUUCUCAUCCCUGGACGACAAACCCCAGUUCCCAGGGGCCUCGGCAGAGUUUGUAGACAAGCUUGAGUUCAUCCAGCCCAAUGUCAUCUCUGGCAUCCCCAUCUACCGUGUCAUGGACCGCCAGGGCCAGAUCAUCAACCCCAGCGAGGACCCCCACCUGCCCCAGGAGGAGGUGCUGAAACUGUACAGGAGCAUGACGCUGCUCAACACCAUGGACCGCAUCCUCUAUGAGUCCCAGCGGCAGGGCCGGAUCUCCUUCUACAUGACCAACUAUGGUGAGGAGGGGACGCAUGUGGGGAGUGCUGCCGCCCUGGACCACACGGACCUGGUGUUUGGUCAGUACCGGGAGGCAGGGGUGCUGAUGUACCGGGACUACCCUCUGGAACUGUUCAUGGCCCAGUGCUACGGCAACGUGAGUGACCCAGGCAAGGGACGCCAGAUGCCCGUGCACUACGGCUGCAAGGAGCGCCACUUUGUCACCAUCUCCUCUCCACUGGCCACACAGAUCCCUCAGGCGGUGGGGGCAGCCUACGCAGCCAAGCGGGCCAACGCCAACCGGAUUGUCAUCUGUUACUUUGGUGAGGGGGCAGCCAGUGAGGGUGAUGCCCAUGCUGGCUUCAAUUUCGCUGCCACCCUUGAGUGCCCCAUUAUCUUCUUCUGCCGGAACAACGGCUAUGCCAUCUCCACACCAACCUCCGAGCAGUACCGUGGAGAUGGCAUUGCGGCACGGGGCCCUGGAUACGGCAUCAUGUCGAUCCGUGUAGAUGGCAAUGAUGUGUUUGCUGUAUACAAUGCCACCAAGGAGGCCCGGCGACGGGCUGUAGCCGAGAAUCAACCCUUCCUCAUAGAGGCCAUGACCUACAGGAUUGGGCACCACAGCACCAGUGAUGACAGCUCGGCAUACCGUUCAGUGGACGAGGUCAACUACUGGGACAAGCAGGACCACCCGAUCUCAAGGCUGAGGCACUACCUCCUGAACCGAGGCUGGUGGGAUGAGGAGCAGGAGAAGGCCUGGCGGAAGCAGUCCCGAAAGAGGGUGAUGGAGGCCUUUGAGCAGGCUGAACGGAAGCCAAAGCCCAACCCAAACCUGCUCUUCUCAGAUGUGUACCAGGAGAUGCCCGCUCAGCUCCGCAAGCAGCAGGAGUCACUGGCCCGGCAUCUGCAGACCUAUGGGGAGCACUACCCCUUGGACCACUUCGACAAGUGAGGCCCCAGUUACGGGAGGUAGUCCAGCUCUGAACAGAGCAGGGAGGACUGGCAAGAGGCUGCCUCUUCCCUAGCUAGUUCCCCUAAAAUGCCCAGCUGCCAGCUGCCAGUGUGGCACCCCAGACUGUCAUGGGGUAGCUCCCACUCCCCAUUCUGGCUCCUCCAGGCUGCUUCACUGGAGGAACAAUGUUUGCAGCAAUUGUUGAGGCACUCCUCCCUCUUCAUCUGUUACAGUGCCUUCUAGGGGUUGGGCCAGGGACCAGGGUAAACCCUCUGGUGAGGAGUGGGCCAGGCAGGGUGGCCCUAGAACUUGCCCAGAGAGAGUGCUAGCAGAGUGAAUAAACUGGCUCUGCGUUUGGC